UCCGUCCCUUUAUCAACUCAUCACAGAGAGAGAGAGAGAGAGAGAGAGAGAGAUGGGACUGUUCUCAAACAAGGUUGAUAAGUCCCAGAUCAAGCCAGGAGAUCACGUCUAUACCUAUAGAGGGCUGCACACAUACUCCCACCAUGGAAUAUGCGUGGAGGCAGAUAGGGUGAUCCACUACACCAGAACACAAGCUGCAAAAAAGAAAUUAGGGAUGUUUCGGAAGACUAAAUGCAAAAACUGCGGGCAUCACCCAGAUAUGGCACGAGGAGUGAUCAAAACUUGCGUCGACUGCUUCCUACACGGCCAUCGGCUUUACCGCUUCGGAUACGGAGUCUCUUAUGCUCACUUCCUAUUGAAAUUUCCAGGAACUUGCACGACGGGUCGUUCCAAUUCAGCCGACGAAGUCAUAGCUCACGCCACAGAACUGCUCAACAAGGAAGAGGGUUUCGGAGACUAUAAGCUGUUUAGUAACAACUGCGAAUCGUUUGCGAUUUUCUGCAAAACAGGAAAACGUCUGAGCGAGCAGGCAUUUUCUGCCUUAAAUAGUACUAAAAUCUUGUUCAAAGCGUUUGUGAAGCAUAACGUGGAAAGGCUUCUGGAAGACGUGUCUAUUCAUCAACCAGACAAGUACAUGCUGUUGAAACAAACUUUUGAAACUGAUGUUAACUUGCCCAUCAAGGAAAUUAUAGCCCAACUUCGAAAGCUCAACGAGAAAUAUGAUGACGAGCAGGAGGAUGUCACUGAUGAAGAUCUGUUAGACGACCACGAGUGUCUAGAGAUCAACGAUGAGGAGGGGGAUGAUGGCCGUCCCUCUCAAUCAUAAGAUUAAGUGAUAUCUUUACUAAAUAAACUCAUGUUGUAAGCUACGCUAGCUAUUAGUUUGGAUCCGAUGUGUGUCUUGAUUAUGUAUUACUUUAUCUUUAAACUUGGAAAUGUAAGAAUGAAUAAUUUCCCUUUUUCGGCUAAUGUUUGAAGUCAACUCCAA